AUGAAGCAGCCCUCUCGUCCAGCAUCACCAGUGCUUGGCUCUACCCCGGCGUCUCCCACACCAGCACAUGCCACUCCGUUGAGUCUGCCUCACGUUCAAUUGCCUCCGUCAUCUCCGCAAUCGACCCUCGCACCACUACCCGCGAUCCACCGUACACUCACCGGAACUUCCACCACUGUACCAGGUUACAAGCCCAAGGUUUCUUUUGAUACUUUUGAAAAUCCGAGCGAUGCGGCAUUAGAUAGCUUCACUCUUCAGGCCAGCUCCGAAGGGUACAGACGAACACGUAACACUCGAGUAUUCCUAUGUGCUGCCUCGGGUGAUGAGAGUGGAAUGGAAGCUCUCGAUUGGACUCUGGAGAGCUUAGUUCAGCAUGGAGAUGAGUUGAUUGUUGUUAGAGGAUUCGAUCUCGAAGACCUAGAGAAGCAACUUCAUGAAGAAGUGAGAGAGGAAGCCAAAGAGCUUAUGAAAAAUAUUUUGGCCAAAAACCUCGAGCACGAAGGCCGCCAGCUCUCGGUAGUCGUGGAAUUCGUUGCUGGCAAGAUUACCUCGACCAUUGAACGGUUAAUUGCGCUAUAUCGUCCCGAUUCACUUGUUGUGGGUACACGUGGUCAAACAGGACUGGUCAAAACAUGGAGCCAGGCGUUCUUGACACCCGGAAUGGGCAGUGUCAGCAGGUAUUGUGUCUCACAUUCACCUGUCCCCGUAAUAGUGGUGCGACCAGAGCGCAAAGUACGCAAGUCGAUGGAGAAACGUCGGGCUGAUGGACGAAAGAGGCAUCAAUUUGAUGAGCUAAUUGGUAGUCGGAGCCGCAUCGGGAUUAAGGAAGAGGAUUAA